UGGGUGCAGGAAGCAGAAGGCCUGGAUGAUUUAGGAAGAAGUGACCGCGAAUGGCUGUUAUAAUACAGCAUAUUUAGAACUUGUUUGCCUUUUUAUCGGAGCUUAUUUACUCCAGCGUGACAUCUAUAUUUUAGGUAAAAAUGGCCACGACUGCACAAUUAUUCGAGGAGCCAUUUGAUGCGGAUGAGUAUAUUGAGCGUCUAGCUUGGAGGACUCCAGGAGGGGGUUCUAAAGGAGGAGCAGAGGCGUUUGACCCUAAAAAGUUGCUGGAGGAGUUUGUUAACCACAUCGAGGAACUGAAACAGCUUGAUGAGAGGAUCCAACGGAAAGUGGAAAAGCUUGAGCAGCAGUGUCACCGGGAAGCCAAGGAGUUUGCACACAAAGUUCAGGAGCUGCAGAGAAGCAACCAGGUGGCCUUUCAGCACUUCCAGGAGCUGGAUGAUCACAUCAGCUAUGUAGCCACUAAGGUGUGUCAUCUUGGCGAUCAGCUGGAAGGAGUGAACACACCAAGACAGAGGGCUGUGGAGGCUCAGAGGCUCAUGACUUACUUUAACGAGUUCCUGGAUGGAGAGUUGCGUAGUGAUGUGUUUAACAAUCCUGAGAAGAUAAAAGAAGCUGCUGAUAUUAUUCAGAAGUUGCACCUGAUUGCCCAGGAGUUGCCAUUUGACAGAUUUCCUGACGUAAAGGCCAAGAUAGCAAGUAAAUAUCAUGACCUAGAGCGACAGUUGAUCCAAGAGUUCACAUCAGCUCAGCGUACGGGGGAGAUUGGCCGCAUGAGAGAAGUGGCUGCAGUCUUGCUACAUUUCAAGGGUUAUGCCCAUUGUAUAGAUGUCUACAUCAAGCAGUGCCAAGAGUCUGCAUACAUGCAGAAUGAUGUGUUUGAGGAUACAGCUGUUCUGUGCCAGCGGGUCAAUAAGCAGGUGGGAGAGGUCUUCUGCAGCCCAGAAACAGUGAUGGCCAAGCUUAUUCAAAACAUAUUUGAGAACAAGUUACAGACGCAUGUAAAAGAAAGACUUGAGCCUCGCUCCACGGACUUGGAACAAUACCUCAACAACCUCUAUGACCUCUACACCAGGACUACAGCAUUGGCUGCCAAACUUACAGAGUUUAACUUGGGCUCGGACAAACACACCUUCCUAUCCAAGCUGAUUAAGAGCAUCUUCUCAUCCUACCUGGAUAGCUACAUAGACGUGGAGAGACAGUAUCUGCAAACCCGUAGUGCCUCAAUUCUGCAAAGAUACUAUGACUCAAAAAAUCACCAAAAACGGCCAGUAGGUGCAGGAAGUAUCCAGGAGCUGAAGGAAAGGAUCAGGCAGCGCACUAACCUGCCUUUGGGUCCCAGCAUUGACACACAUGGAGAAACGUUUCUCUCACAGGAGGUUGUUGUCAAUCUGCUGCAGGAGACACGCCAUGCCUUCCAGAGAUGCAACAAGCUGUCUGAUCCAGCCGACCUUCCAAAAAAUGCCUAUUCCAUCUUCCUGCUCCUUGUGGAGCACCUGUGUGUAGACCAUAUAGACUAUGCCUUAGAAAUUGGCCUUUCAGCUAUUCCUUCUGCAGAUGCCAAAAAUGCCAACUUGUAUUUCUUGGAUGUGGUGCAGCAGGCCAACACUAUUUUUCACCUCUUUGAUAAGCAGUUUAAUGAUCAUCUCAUGCCUCUUAUUAGCUCAUCUCCUAAGCUGACAGAAUGCUUACAAAAGAAAAAAGAUGUGAUCGAGCAGAUGGAAGUGAAGCUAGAUACUGGAAUUGACCGGACACUGAAUUGCAUGAUUGGCCAAAUGAAGCAAAUUCUGGUCACUGAGCAAAAGAAAACUGACUUCAGGCCAGAAGAUGAGAACAAUGCCAUGGCUGCACUGCAAUACACUACAGCAUGCUCUAAAGUGUGUACGUACGUGAGUAAGCAGGUUGAGCGUGUACGGAGAUCUAUGGAUGGCAAGAAUGUAGACACAGUGCUGGCUGAGUUAGGAGUGCGUUUCCAUAGGCUCAUCCAUGAACACCUGCAGCAGUUCAGCUACACCUCCAUGGGUGGCAUGCUGGCCAUCUGCGAUGUGGCAGAGUACCGCCGGUGCGCGAGGGACUUCCGGGUUCCUCUGGUGCUGCAGCUCUUCGACACCCUUCACGCUCUCUGUAACCUCCUGGUUGUUGUUCCUGACAAUCUCAAGCAGGUUUGCUCUGGAGAGCAGCUCACUAACCUGGACCGGAAUGUUCUGCAUGCCUUCGUGCAGCUCAGAGCGGACUAUCGCUCGGCUAGACUGGGUCGGCAUUUUAGCUAAUGAUUGAUCACUCUAAGAAAGAAAUAGCAACUUAUGCCAAGUUCACACUACACGACUUUUAAAGUCGUAAGGUUGCUGUACAAUUCACAUUACACAACUGGAUCUCUUGUAAUCGUGAGUCUUUGAAGUCAGUGUGGCUUUCACACUACACAACUGAUUGACGAUAGGGGGUUUCACACUACACGAUCAAUCACCGGAAUCGGAAUCGCAGGCGAGCUUCUCUGAUCUCCCAAACUACGUUUUGUCACGAAAACAAGCGCGAAAAGUGCCGAAAGGUUUAAUGAUACCAUGGGUGUGUUCGAAAACCUAGGGAGCUGCCUUGCUGUCUUACUGUCUACAUAGGCAGCUGCCUUAGUAGAGAGGAUUCUAAUAAGUCAAUGACUUAUAAGGCAGGUUAUUCAAACCCUCUACUUAGAUGGCGAUUCCAUCGGAUUUCGCGUUUAGCGUCUUGCCAUUAAAACCAAUGGAUGAGGUAGCACAGCACGCUAACGUCAAUAUAACAUCUUCCUUCAUGUACCGAUAACGGUUAAAUUUCCUGACAAGCCCGAACUUGCAAAUAAAAACACUCGGUACAAGUUUAUACAAGUUAAAAAUCAGUAAUAUUUUAUUUACGUUUUAAAAUAACUCCAUUCGUUUCUCCGCCCCGUCAGCCAUGUUUAUUUUUCUGUGAGAGAAGAUCACCCGACCCGCAAUGAAUUCUGGGAUUGCCUUGAUGCCUUGAUGCUCACUCGUUCUUGAGCCAAAAUAACAUUGAAAUAUGAAGAUACCUCAGAAGUGAGGAUUUUAAGGCAUCUAGGAUUUCGAACAGCCUCCUUCCCGGGAGCGCGCACAGGAUGAUGUAAAAUGCUGUCUAUGUAGAGAGCGCACUAGCUUUUCGAACACACCCCAUGUCAAAAAACGCAUGUCAACAAGUACCGAGCAAUCAAAGUUUGUACGUUGAUGUGCAGCGUAAAAUCAAGGAGAAAAAAAUAAAUGAAUCUGAGUGGAUUUGGCUACGUGGCCAGCAGGGUUCAUCUGUUCUGUAGUGAGUUGGAGGUUAAUAAAUAUUUUUGCAAUGCAA